AUGUCUUUUGCUAAAAACACCAGAAAGGUCAUGUGCAUUGGCCGCAACUACGUUGACCAUAUUAAGGAACUUGGAAAUGCUCCUCCUUCUCAGCCCUUCUUUUUCCUUAAGCCUCCUUCGGCCAUCCUUCCUUCUGUUGCUAAAGAGCCCAUUCUUAUCCCCCAAGGCACUACCGUUCAUUACGAGGUUGAACUUGCUCUUGUCCUUGGAAAGCCUCUUAAAAAUGCUCAGUUUGGUGGCUCCAAUUCCUACCUUGAUGCACUCGCUGGUUACGCUUUGGCCAUUGAUCUGACAGCUCGUAACGUUCAAAACGAGGCCAAAAAGAAAGGUCUUCCUUGGUCCAUUGCUAAGGGCUUUGACACAUUCCUUCCUCUUUCUGAAUUUAUUCCCAAGGAGAAGAUUUCUGACCCCCACAAUGUUACCCUCCAGCUUGAUGUUAAUGGUGUGACCCAACAAAAGGACAAGACCAGCCUUAUGAUGUUUAAGAUUCCUGAAAUUCUUGAGACUGUUUCUUCCAUCAUGACCCUCGAGGCCGGUGACAUUAUUCUUACCGGAACUCCUAAGGGUGUUGGCCCAAUUGUUCCUGGUGACAAAGUUUCUUGCAAGAUUUAUGACGAGGCUGAUAACAUCAUUGAGGAGGGCUCUAUGGAUUUUGAUGUUGCUCAGAAGCCUGGUCCUUAUAUUUUCAAGCAGACCUAA